AUGGAUGAGUCCCUUCUCUCACGACAGAAUGAGCCAAGCUCCUACACAGUAAUGAACGUAAAGCCUGUCAGCUAUAUUUGUGGGUGGUGUGGAAAAGAAAACGAAUUCAAAAGCAAGGACGAAUUGAGAUGCAUCGGAUGCGGAUACAGAAUCUUUUACAAGAAAAGACUUGCUGAAGGAAUGCAAUAUGAAGCAAGAUAA